AUGCGGGAAAUCGGACGGCUCGUGCAGCAGUCACGGAAAGAUGGUACACUGAAACGAAUUAAGGACUUCUAUGUGCCUUCAAACUUUAACAAUGUAGUUGAAGCAGUGAAAGCUGUGGCUGGCUUUGAUGAGGAUAAAAACACCUACAAAACUCCAUCAUUGGCUCUGAACCUGAACAGGAGCAGGGCUCUUUUUGAGAAAAAGUCGGAUGUGUCUGUGUCAUGUUGUGCCCUACAAACUCUGAAAGAGAGGAAAUGGAACAGUUCACAGGUCCUUCCUUUCACUGAGGAUGUGAAGAUCAUGCACAUGCACCUUGAAAAGUGCAGAGAAGAAAACCAAAGGAAUCUGAAGAAAAACCCAAACAAGAAGACCUGGACCAAGCUGGCUACUGUGACGCUUGCUGAGAACAGGUAUUGGAAGCUGUGGACAGUGACCUGUCACAGACAUAGAUGGACAUGGACUCAUCUGUUUGCUCAUCAGGUAAGAGCAGUCUACCUGGCCCUGAAGCAGUUCCUUAACAUCUACAUCACCUUCCCUGGCCAUCAUGACCCACAGCGGAUCAAGGAGGCAUUCUAUGCAAUUGCAGGCUUCCCCAAUGUCCUUGGCUGCAUUGAUUGCAGCCAUGUGAGAAUUGUGGCCCCAUCCGGACCAGUGGAACGAGAUUAUGUGGACUGGAGAAAUCACCACAGUCUGAAUGUACAGAUGAUCUGUGAUGCCAAUUACUUGAUCACUAACAUUGAGGCAAAAUGGCCUGGGGGGGUACAUGAUGCCAGAAUAUUCAGGGCAAGCUCAGUGGCACAGAGGCUUGCUCAAAGGGAGUUUGAAGGUAUCCUCCUUGGAGACAGGGGUUAUCCCUGUCUUCCUUACCUUUUAACACCAUAUAGCGAUCCAGGGACUGAGGCAGAGGAGGCCUUUAAUGGUGCCCUCAAUUCCACCAGGGCACGAAUUGAGAUGGUUUUCGGCCAACUGAAGUCCAGGUUCCAGUGUCUGAAAUACCUGAGGGUUGCUCCAGAAUGUGCCUGUGAUAUUACGGUGGCCUGUGCCAUCCUCCCUAACAUCGCAACCAUCCGCAGGGAGAGGCUCCUGGAUGUCACACUGGAGGAGAGAUGGGAGGACCCCAAUCCCAUGCCAGAAGACAUGGAUGGGAGGGCCGUGAGGGACCUCUAUAGGGACGCACAUUUUCCAUAA